UUUCAGCAUGUCGCCACUAAAAUGACAUCUAUAAAUACCAUCAUAAGCAGCAUAAGUCAAGCAAAUUAAAUCCAAGAAAGAGUUUCCAAACACAAACAUCACAUUUACAUAUAUAUUCAAGGUAAAGAGUUAGAAAAAAACCUACAUACCAGUAAUGGAGGCUGUGAGAAGUCUAAUAGAUGAAAAGCCGCUAGUGAUAUUCAGCAAAAGCUCUUGCUGUGUUUCUCACUCAAUGAAGCAACUUAUGAGCAGUUAUGGAGCCAAUGCAACAGUCUAUGAACUCGAUGAAAUCCCGAAUGGAAAAGAAGUUGAGAAGGGUCUUCUGAGCAUGGGAUGUAAGCCAAGUGUACCGGCUAUAUUCAUUGGAAAUGAGUAUGUUGGCGGGUCUAAUGAAAUCCUUAGCCUUCAAGUUCAGGGAAAACUGGUGCCUAUGCUAAUUGCAGCAGGCGCCAUUUGGGUUUGGAAGUAGAUAAGAUUUAUCAUUCUGAACCUCUUUGUUUUUGUUAUGGGAGGUGAAGAAUUUAAUAGUUGGGCAUUGAGCAAUAUAAUGCCAUUACAGCAAUCACUUUCAGUUGUAAUGUUCAUUUUCUCUGUUUUUCUGAAGUAAAUAAAAAUCCCUCUUAUUAUCCAUAGACGAG